AUGACUAAAAGAUUUUCGUCAAUCGCACUUCACCUGAGUGCUAUUAUUGUAGGAGUGCACGUUUCGAUAGUGCCUGACAGAGACGCUUUCGUACUUUUCACACCAAAUCAAGGUACCAAUCAAUCAAAGACACUUAUCUAUUUGCAGAAUGGUUGUCCAUCUUCGAACGAUCAAUCAGUGGUGAGUUCAGAAUCUGGCAAACGUCACUUUUUAUCGCUUCAAUCAAUUAGAAAUCUCGAGUGUGCGAUCACCGUCAAAAUUGCAUCAACGAUCAUCCCAUUAGAUCGACCGUAUGUGGAUGUGGUAGCGAUCGCUGAUAUCGGAACACUGUCGUAUCUUCGUCAAACGAUCUGUAUAUCAACACAACUUAGUUUAGCAUCACUGAUAACCACACCGACAUCGUGCACAAUAUCUGUUUUCGAUUCAUUACGGCAUUCGUGCAUCAUUCGAACGAUGGUACCAUUCUCUUGGUUUCCCUCACAAAAAGCACAUCUCAAACAGGUUUAUUACUGCUUCUUAUUCUCAAUAACGUUGUCGUAUUCUGUCGGAUCUGAUUGUUCGUCGUCCACAUCGAUAACAUCGCAUCGGACUGAAUUAUAUUUAACCACGUUGUUACCGAAUCGAUAUCAAACAAUCGAACUUGAUAAACAGGAUUUCUUUCCGACCAGAGCACUCACUGCAUUUAGUGUGGAAAUUUGCAGACAAUUAUCGAUACGAACGCGUUCGAAUAUAUCGUUUUCACCGGAUUUGAUGACCACAUUACUUGCUCAUUUGAAAUACAACGAUAAGGAUGCACAUCUCACUGCCAUUCAGAUCAGAGUGUGGUUAGAUAACCGUUUAGAAAUAGUAUCAGCUGCAUCUUCUGAUCCAACAAUGUGGUCAAUACGUGUUGAAUCAAGUGAUCAAGCUGAAGCCUAUACCACAUUUACGUGUUAUUUCAUUGGUGAUGAUUACGUCAAAACAUGGGAUGGGAAUAUCUUGAUGAUAUUAGUGAAAAUGCAUUCGCAAAAGUCAAUGCCGAACGCAUUCUCACCACAAGAUGACAAGAACGAAGCAGCGAUGCAUUGGGCAUUACAGUAUAUUAUGGAUCAAAACUCAACUCAUACCGAUAAAACAGCCACGAAACGAAUCACAACAAGAUUCAAGAUUUUGGUUGACGCACCAUACGUUUUAGUUCCUUUAAUGAAAGAUACAAAUCUGAUUAAUACGGCGAUCCUGUCCGGUCGUCAAACGUCGAUGCCAAUGAGAAUAUUGACGAUAUCAGAAGGUGGGUUGCUCACCGACGUAACAUCGAAUUCACAUUGUAUCAGUGCUGAAUCAAGAGUUCUUAAAACAUCACCCACAUGCAGUUCAGUCUACGUUGACGGUUCUGAAAUGCGAGGCAUGGCCAAAAUCAAGAUUCAUGUCCAUUAUGAGGCGUGGACAACGAGCGUCGAGCUCACAGUGUGGUAUCCAAAACUUCCAAUCACAGUGUGGAUAUCAGAUCCAGUGCUCAAUGCUAUCAAAGAAUGGCAAAUCGCUGUAUGGAAAUGGUUACCACAAGGAAGACGAAAAAAGGAGGCUAGGCAGUUUGGAUGUACGAAUAAAUUUCAACAGGCGGAAGUUCGAAUUCUAGCAGCAUUUCAAGUGGGCGAUGAACGCACCGGAGAACGUCUUUACCUGUCAGGUCAACGUGAUACACUGUUCGAUGUGACUGCAAUAUCACUGGAUAAUGUGCACAGUUCAAAUCUUGGUGUUGUCACGAUCAACAGACGUGAAGGAAGAAUAUUGCUCAAUGCUCUUCAACCUGGAUCUGCGAGAAUAACAGUUCGCUCAAACACGCCAAAUAUUGAUUAUGGUAGUGCACCAGUCGUUGUAACCGAAGAUGCGGUUUCCGUACGUAAAAUAACCGCAGACGUUGUAGCUGGUAUAGAGAUGAGCAUCAUGAAGGCUGCUGAAAAACCGUAUGAGUUUUUGGUCAAUUCACAAAUACAAAAUACGAUUACGCAUCGAUACCAACAUGCGUUACUGGUAUGUCGAAUCCAUUAUUCGGAUGAUCAAAUCGGUGAAUUAGCAGACGUUUCGAUCGAAGAUUACAUGCUGAGUGUUUGGUCGGGUGAUGAACGUUUACUAGCAAUCAUACAACAACAAAAUAAGAAUAAUUUGGUUGAAUUGGUCGGGCUGGAUGAUACUCGUAAUGCGGUUAUUAACAUUCAAUUAAAAAGUCCACCACACUGUGUCGAUCCUGACUCGAAUUCGAUUGCGAGUCGCGAAAUGUUGGUACAUUUGCAAUUCGAUAACGGUAAAACAACAACAAAAAAUAUCAUACAUUCAGAAAGUUUGAGUUGUGUAUACGAUGAAAAGAGCAAACUGAAUUUUUCAGGUGAAACAAACAGUACACGAACGACAAGUAUGGAUUCAAGUGGAUGGCAUUUAGAGAUUAUAAUUGGAGUAUUGAUAUUAAUUGGAGCAGUCAUUGUUGCGUUGCAUGCAUUCGGUUAUCGUGCGCGAAGACCGUUGAGUCAAGGAUAUGAGAAACUUGUAUUGCCAAUUAUUACCAGACUUAGCUCGUCGGGUUCAUGUGGCAAAGAUGAGAAUUCUCACGAAUGGGUAUGGCUGUCGAAGGCACAAAUCGACAGCGAUAGUAUCAAGAGCAGAUACUCACAGAAGUCAACAAUCGAUAUGGUCGAUCAUCAUUCAACAAGUUCAGUUGAUACGCGCCGAAGUGUGUCGUAUCGUGGCUCCGAAAUCAGCGUGUUCAUAUCGCCUCAACCUGCGCUAUCUGUGAAUAAUGACACGAUGGCACGGCACACGACCAGUUGGCGAGAUAAACCAAAGGUGAGAAUGGCACGUAACGCUAUGAUCGAUAGCUCAUCCGAGCACAAUCUAUCAAGAUAUACAAACGGUUCAGUGAUGCUCGCACGUUCCGAGGGUGAAAUGCGAGAGUCAUGGCGUGAUCCGACGGAUUCGCGUCGUCAUUACCCAUGUCGACGUCAAGAGAGCUGGCGCAAUUCCACUCGCAGUUCACAGUGGAGUGGCUCAGGUCCCAUGCCCGAAUACCUGUCCGGACUUCGCGAAUCUGUAGCCUGA